UGCAAGACACAAGAGAAGCACGUGUAGUGGGUGGUCCUCGGCACACGGCUUUCACGUGGCUCUAGCGAGCGGCAGUCCGGGGCAACAACAGGAGACCACAUCAGCAUGGCUGCGGAGAUGGAGCCCUCUGAUGUGAUCCGCCUGAUAAUGCAGUACCUCAAGGAGAACAACCUCUACCGAACACUGACCACCUUACAGGAGGAGACCACCGUCUCUCUCAACACAGUGGAAAGCAUCGACAGCUUCAUUGCAGAUAUAAAGAGCGGCCACUGGGACUCCGUCCUGCUGGCUAUCGAGUCCCUCAAGUUGCCUGACAACACACUGAUUGACCUUUAUGAGCAGGUAGUAAUGGAGCUCAUUGAGAUGAGGGAGAUUGAAGCAGCUCGCUCGCUCCUCAGACAAACCGACCCAAUGAUCAUGUUGAAGCAGACGCAGCCAGAGAGGUACAUUCAUUUGGAGACCCUGCUAACAUGCGUCCACUUUGACCCUUGCGAGGCGUACCCAAAUGGCGGCAGCAAGGAGAAGCGGCGCAGGGAAAUAGCCGAGGCUCUGGUGAGAGAGGUCAGCGUGGUGCCCCCUUCUCGCCUCAUGGGGCUCCUGGGACAAGUUGGUUCUCUAAAGAUACAACAGUGUCCAGGUAAUCUGUUCUCUGACAUGGCCAUCGACACAUCUGCCAACAAGGACAGACAUGUGGAGAAGGAGAGCUUUCCAACACAGCUGUACCGCCACAUCAAGUUCGGGCGUAGGUCACAUGUAGAGUGUGCCCGUUUUUCUCCCGAUGGAAAGUACUUAAUCACGGGAUCGGUGGAUGGGUUCAUCGAGGUCUGGAACUUUAAUACUGGAAAAAUAAGUAAGGAUUUAAAGUACCAGGCCCAUGAUAGCUUCAUGAUGAUGGAUGAUGCUGUGCUGUGUCUGUGCUUCAGUCAGGAAACAGACCUACUGGCAACUGGGGCUCAGAAUGGCAAAAUAAAGGUGUGGAAUAUCGAGAGCGGUUUGUGUCUGCGCAGGUUUGAACAUGCACACCACAAAGGUGUGACCUCUCUGAACUUCUCCAAGGACAACGACCUGAUCCUCAGUGCCUCCAUUAACCAGACCAUCAGAGUCCAUGCGCUGAGGUCAGGCACGACACUAAAGGAGUUGAUUGGUCAUUCAUCGAUUGUGACUGAUGCUUCUUUCACUCAAGAUGGAUUUCACAUCAUCAGUGCCUCCGCUGGCGGCACGGUUAAGAUUUGGAAUACAGAAUCCGGAAAAUGCAUCCACACUUACAAAAAUCUGUCCCACACAUCAGAAGUGCCCGUCAACAACGUGAUUCCUCUGCCCCAAAACCCAGAGCACUUUGUGAUUUGUAACCACUCCAACACGGUGGUCACCAUGAGCAUGCACGGUCAGACUAUUAAGACCUUCAGCUCAGACAGAGAGGAAAGGGCCAAGUUUGUCUGCUGCACGUUGUCCCCCCGAGGGGAGUGGAUUUACUGUGUGGGGGAGGACUUAGUGCUCUACUGCUUCAACUACACAACGGGGAGGCUGCAGAAAACUCUGACUGUUCAUGAAAAAGCUGUAAUUGGCAUCGCUCACCACCCACAUGAGAAUCUGAUCGCUACUUACAGUGAGGAUGGACUCCUGAGGCUUUGGAAACCUUAAACUGUCUCCUGCAUCCUGAUACAGAAGAGGGCUAGACACAUGGGUAUAAAGCAAUUUAGUUAUUUCUAUGUAAUAAAAAAAGAUGGACGUAUUAAACAAAUUCAUCACAAGGUCUAUUCAGUAGCUGGUCUUGAGCUUUAAGGUCAUAUCCAAUUGAUCUUUAUCUGAAGAUGUUGUCAUGGAAGUGCAGGUGUAAAACUUCCAGCACUUUAUUUUCUUUUUGUCAAUGUUGGCACAAAAGAUGAUGUUCCAAAUUAAUCUUUGAAUUCAAUGGUUUUUCUAAGAUUAUUCCUUAUUACAGCCCCUCAUGUGCUGAAAAGCACCACACAACAGCUACUUAACAGACCCUGUGGUGAAGUUGUUUCCUGAAUGUAUUCAAAUGUAAACGUUGUACCUCAGCCAUUAAUUGCUAUUUUUGAAUCAAUUGUGAUAAUUUACCUGCUAAUCAUUUAAAAAUGUCAACCGAUUUUAGACACAGCGAAUGCAAGUUUUGUUACGUUGGAGGGUGGAUAAGAAAGAUUUAGCUACAUAAGGGGAAAAUGUUAAAAAUAAUAAUGUUGUCAAAUGAAAACAUUUAAACGCGUGCAAAGAUGCUAAAUCUAAAUGGAAACGAGGUUAUAAUGAUUUUCAUCUCUCUUUUGAAAAUGAAAGGAUUCCAUAUAUAUAUUCUUUAUUUUCCUAUUGCCAAUGAAUCCCAUGAAUGACGAAAACCAACUAUACUUUGCCUAUUUUCCUAACGUGUUUGUGGCACCUUAAAGUCCUUUGGUUUUUACUAAAGAUUUGGAAAAAAGCUAAAUAUUAAUUUUUUCAACAAAUUAUUAUCCAAAAUAAGUAAAUAAUGUAUUUGUUGGGGACUGGAUUUAGCUGCGUAUUAUUACACAUUUGGUGCUCUGAGUAUUUACAGCUGAAGUAUGGUGCAUGUAGGUUGGCCUCUUAAUAAACUACAGUACCCAUGUUCACGGUAAUAUUUGAACAUGUUGCCUACUACAACUCUGUCGCUCACUGAUGUGUUUUUAUUUUAACGGCACAGAGAAAUGCUCAGUCUUUUGAUCCAAAGCUGUACGAGGGAGAAAUGUACUGUUGGUUUUGGUCUUUUCAUUUGACAAUAAGAAAAUCACAGGAAUAUCACAAAUGAUUCUUUAAGCAAAGUCUUAAACUAAUGUUUUUACUCUAAAUGGGUCUUAAUUUAUAUAUUUUUACGAAAUAUAUUUGUCAAUUUAAACAAUAUUUUUUUAAUUUGUCUCAUAGAUGUUCUAUAAUCUGUAAGGUUUUUGAUUUUUAAAAGUUGCACACACCUCCUUCUUGUGAACCUAACUUCACCAGUUCAGUUUAUAUUCCCACUUUCAUGUCUUCUGUCUUUAUUAGACAAACAUAUAUGCAUGUUGGUGAACUGUUGUAAAUAUUAAUGAUAAAAAAUGCCUAGUUUGGGCUUAAACAAACAAUAUCAGGUAAAUGAUUUGUCACCUUUUGUUUAUAAUAAUACUUUUUUUUUUUACUUGAAUUCAGAAGAAAUGUGUUUUGUCCUCUGUACUCCCCGCAUGCUACCUCAUGAACUGUCUAAAUGUGGCUCUACAAUAAUGUUUUUAGUGGAAAUCUGCAUGAUGACUAACGAUAAACCUCAAUGGAGCUCCAGUGACACAUUCUGUAUCCUGUGUGUAUAUAAUACAUGUAUUUAACGUGUUAAGAUGUGUCGUUCUGCUGCACUGACUCUAAAAUGUGUUGCUGUGCAUCAGGUGCCCGUUGCCGACCAGUUUUUAUUAUUUGUACUUCAGUAUUUAGUCUUUUCUAUCGUCUGUCUCUUUACUAUCAUCCAUAUAUUAUUGUUGCAAUAAUAAUGUUUAUUCAUC